AUGGCUCCUGUCGCUAUCACCCCCGAGGUCUCCCCUGAGCGCCCUAUGAUCGUCAAGAAGAUCGAGGGCAACCGCUCCCAUUCCAGCUCCGUCUCCUCGGUCCACUCCAUCCAGCUCAACGACGGCAACUCCAUCCCCACCGUCGCCCUCGGCGUAUACAAGGCCCCCAACGGCCAAGAAACUGAGGACGCCGUAACCGCCGCCCUUGACGCCGGCUAUCGCCAUAUUGACUCGGCCGCCCGCUACGCCAAUGAGGAAGCUUGCGGCCGUGCCAUCCGCCGCUGGCUUGACAAGACCGGUACCCCUCGCGAGGAGAUCUUUAUCUGCUCCAAGCUCUGGGACGCCGACCACGGCUACGAGGCCACAUUCAACGCCCUCUGCGCCUCGCUCGACAAGUUUGGUCUCGAUUACUUGGACCUGUACUUGAUCCACUCCCCUGCCGACGACGAGGGAAAGCGCCUUGAGUCAUGGCGUGCUCUCGAGACCGCCCAGCGUCUCGGCAAGGUCAAGUCGAUCGGCGUUUCCAACUUUGGUGCCGCCCACAUCGAGAACCUCAUCGAGAACGCCACCGUCGUCCCGGCCGUCAACCAGGUCGAGGUUCACCCCUUCUGCCAGCGUCAGGCCCUGGUCGAUCUGUGCGACAAGCACGGCAUCAAGAUUGAGGCCUACUCUCCCCUCGCCCGCGGCAACAAGCUCGAGGAUCCCACCAUCGGCAAGAUUGCUGAGAAGUAUGGCAAGACUCCUGCUCAGAUCCUCCUCAACUGGAACGCUGCCCGCGGCAACGUUGUCCUGCCCAAGUCUCUGACUGCCCACCGCAUCAAGAGCAACUUUGAGUCGUUUGACUUCAAGCUCGCCCCCGAGGACGUUGCCACCAUUGACGCUCUCGAAGCCAACUACGUUACUGGCUCCAUGCAUAAGUCUGAGGACUAA